AUGGACAAAAUUCAAAUCCGCACGAUUUUCUUGUUCCAGUUCAAACUAGGCCGAAAAGCUGCCGAGACAGCUCCUCAUACGUUUUAUAACCGCCUGCUCUAUAAUGUAUUCUCCUCUUUCUUCAUACCUUACUACACCCGCGGGGCUCCCGUCUUUAUACUCGCCUUCUCUCUAAUAUAUUUGCUCUCUCUUCUUACUUUACUACACCACUGGCUCUUCUGUCUUUAUACCCCCCUUCUCUAUAAAGUACUCUCCUCUUUCUUCGAACCGUACUACUUUCCCCGCUAUUCCGUCUUUAUACCCGCCUUCUCUAUAAACUACUUUCCUCUUUCUUCUGGAAUUACUACUAUUCCAGCUAUUCCUAUUUUACUCUUUCUUCUUACAUUACGUCUCCCCCGGCACUUCCGUGUUUAUAUCCGCCUUCCCUAUAAUGUACUCUGCUCUUUCUUCUUGCCUUACUCAUCCCCCGGCAAAUUACUCUUUAUACGCGCCUUCUCUAUAAAUACUCUCCUCUUUCUUCUCACCUGUCCACUCCUCCGGCUCUUCCGUAUUUAUACCCGCCUUCUCUAUGAAGUAUUUUCCUCUUUCUUGUUAUCUUACUACUCCUCUGGCUCUUCCGUCUUUAUACCCGCCCUCUCACUAAUAUAUUUGCUCUCUCUUCUUACCUUACUACUCCCCUGUCUUAUCCGUCUUUAUACCCGCCUUCUAUACAAAGUACUCUCUUCUCUCUUCUUACCUUAUACUCUCCUCUUUCUUCGAACCGUACUACUUUCCCCGUUAUUCCGUCUUUAUACCCGCCUUCUCUAUAAACUACUUUCCUCUUUCUUCUGGAAUUACUACUAUUCCGGCUAUUCCGUCCUUAUCCCCGCCUUCUCUCUAAAUACUCUCCUCUUUCUUCUUACCUUACUACUUCCCCGGGACUUAAAUCUUUAUACCCGCCUUCUCUAUAAAGUAUUCUCCUCAUUCUUCUUACUUUACUCCACCCCGGUUAUUCCGUCUUUAUACACGCAUUCUGUACAAUAUACUCUCCUUAUAUCACUCCUUAUCUUUACUACUACUUAUCUUCUUUUCUUCUCUAUAAAGAACUCUCCUCUUUCUUCUUACCUUACUACUCCCCCGGAUCUUCCUAAUAUCCUCUUUCUACGAACCUUACUACUCCCCCAAGGUCAUCCGUUUUAUAACCGCCUGCUCUAUAAAAUACUCUCCUCUUUAUUCUUACCUUACUACUCACCCGGCUGUUCCGUCUUUAUACCCGCCUUCUCUAUAAACCUUCUCUAUAAAGUACUCUCCUCUUUCUUUGAACCGUAUUACACCCGCGGCUAUUCCUACUCUUUUUCUCCUUACCUUAAUAUUCCCCUGCUAUUCUGUCUUUAUACCCGCCUUCUCUAUAAACUACUUUCCUCUUUCUUCUGGAAUUACUACUAUUCCAGCUAUUCCGUCCUUAUCCCCGCCUUCUCUCUAAAUACACUCCUCUUUCUUUUUACCUUACUACCCCCACGCUUCUUCCGUGUUUAUACACGUAUUCUCUGUAAAGUACUUUACUCUUUCUUCUUACCUUACUACUCCCCCUUGAUUUACGUCUUUAUACUCGCCUUCUCUAUAAAUAUUUUCCUCUUUCUUCUUACAUUACGUCUCACCCAGCACUUCCGUCUUUAUAUCCGCCUUCCCUAUAAAGUACUAUGUUCUUUCUUCUUGCCUUACUACUCCCCCGGCAAUUUACUCUUUAUACGCGCCUUCUCUAUAAAUAUUCUCCUUUUACUUUUUACAUUAAUACUCACCCGGCACUUUCGUCUUUAUACACGCCUUCUCUAUAAAGUACUCUCCUAUUUGUUCCUAUUUUACUACUCCUACGGCCCUUCCGUCUUUAUACACGCCUCCUCUAUAAAGUACUCUCCUAUUUCUUUUUACAUUAAUACUCUCUCUUGCGUCUAUAUACCCAUCUUCUCCAUAAAAUACUCUCCUCUUUCUUCGAACCUUACUACUCCCCUGGCAAUUCCCUCUUUAUACCCGGCUUCUCUAUCAAUUAGUCUUCUUAAUUACUAUUCUCCCGGCUGUUCUUCUUUCGUUCUCUAUAAAUACUCUCCUCUUUCUUCUUACCUGAUCACUCCUCCGGCUCUUCCGUAUUUAUACCCGCCUUCUAUACAAAGUACUCUCCUCUUUCUUCUUACAUUAAUACUUCCCCGGGUCUCCUGUCUUUAUACCCGCCUUCUCUCUAAUUAUUCUCUUUCUUCGAACCGUACUACUAUCCUUGCUUUUCCGUCUUUAUACCCUUCUCUAUUAUCUAUUCUCCUCUUUCUUCUUGCCUUACUACACUCCCAGCUCUUUCGUCUUGAUACCCGCCUUCUCUAUAAACUAAUUUCCUCUUUCUUCUUAACUUACUACACUUCCGGUUAUUCAGUCCUUAUCCCCGCCUUCUCUAUAAAGUACUCUCAUCUUUCUCCUUACCUUUCUACUCCCCCGUAUCUUCCGUCUUUAUACCCGCCUUCUCUCUAA